GCUGGUGACAAAGGUGAAGGGUGAGCUUCACUGACAUUUUCAAUCAGCAGUCAGCAAUGUGCACCUGUCCAUCGUUACCUUCUCAGUCCGGGAUUGGCCACAGAACACUUCCUGUUUGACAUUUAACCAGUGCUCUGAGCUGAGAGGAGGAGAUAACAUUUCAGCUGGGAAGGAGAAUGGCUGCCUGGGGUUCUGCAAGUCUGCUGCUCCUCUUUUCAGUCUUCUGCUGGAAUGUUCAUUGUUUUCCUACUAAAAAAGGUUGGCGCCAGGAUAAUCCUUAUGGAGGCAGUUUCUCAAAUGUGGAGACGCGUCCUGGCCGCCAUAGUAGUUUAUCCCAAGUUGCUCCUGCUCAGCCUACCAAUAUGAACGAUCCUGCUGUCUCAUACUUCUAUGACCCAAUGGAGGGGGGAGAAUAUUACAGUUCCUAUCCAGCAAGCACUAGACCUGCUACAGAUCCCCCUGGUCAGGCUCCUGUUUUGGACCCUCUGGAAGAGUCUACAACUGGCCUCAGCGUGUCCAGAACAUCUCAGCCCAUACUGGACAUCAUUCGUCCCCCUCCUCCCCCUCCAUUUCAGGCAGGUGAGCUUGAGCAAUACGAAGAGAACUUUGAGGAUGGUAACUUUGAGAGGGAAACAGAAGAUCUAAAUGUGCCUCCUCCACCACUUCCUGUAUAUCCUAAAUCUGAAUACCAGGCUGGUGAGUUGAGUCAUUAUGAAUCCAUCUACGAGAACGGAAAUGAGGAGCGGGAAACGGAGGACCGCGUUUAUUUACCACCGCCUCCCUACGCGCUGUCAUCCAUCUCUGCUGCUGCUUCCACAUCUGAGGAGUACUUGCAGCCAGUUCCAGUACCAGAAGUGGAACCGCUUGGACCAAGCCAGCUUUACCUAUUCUUGACUGGUCGGCUUCCUCCUGGCACGCACUCUCACUUUCAGUCAGAAUAUGAAAGUGGAAGAAAUCACUGGAAUGAUGUCCACUAUGAGAGAUACCAGUUUCCCACUGCUCAAAGUCCAACCUCAGGCCCUCAGACAAGGGAAGAUCCAAGUGAAGACCUCUGGCAGGAAUACUAAAGAGGACUGCUCUUACAAACAAGAGCAGGUGUAAAGACUGCUCUACUGGUUCCUGCAAUUUAAUAUGUUGACAUCUGUUCAAUUUUUCAAAUAAAUGCUGAAAGUAUCA